GAAAACUCAUCAUCCAAAUCCCGAUAUGGUCAGUGUAUACCGUCCUCAAAUUCUCCUUCUAAAUUGGUGGAAGAUGCAACGUUUGUGAAGGUUUUGAAUGAGGAACAAUUAACUUCUAAAUCUCUAAAUUGUUAUUGCAUUUGCAAUUUUGUUGCUUUCUUCCUUACAAACAUUUGGCCCUAUUUACUUAGGAAGCACGUGUUGAAUCCAAUUUUCUUGUGGAGUGCUCAAGACAAGUUGGAUCAUGUCCUCCGACUCUACCUAUAUUCCUAGCAUACUUUCAAUGGUCAAGAAUGCACAAACUUUGAUUCAUACCGCCAAUGAGAAUGAUUAUCUUGAGCGGAAAAUGCUCGACAAUCUAAUUUGAUUAGAAGUUUUUAUCAGAAUUCAAAAAUUGUGGAUAAAACUGUUUACAGGGGUAAAUUGGAUGUUCUGAAAUUUCUUUGACAUGCAAUCAAGCACUUCAAUCAUGACUAAGUGGAUUGUCAAGUUAUUUUUCUUUUUCUGCUGUUCCAUACCUUUGACAUCUUGGGUUUUAUUUCUUCAACUGGAAUUGAAAAUGUCUAAUGUUACAAUCUUCACUAUGCUCAAUGAUUGUGUUGAGAUGUAUCUGCAGAACAGCACUAAGAGACAGGAAUUUGUAUCCAAGAUAGGACUUAACAACCUAAAGUUUUGAAGACAUGGUAAAGUUUUGGAAGUCUAACUCAACAAUUGCCAAUGACAAAUAUGCUCUAAUUGUACUUAGCAUUCACCCUAUUAACAAAAUUGUGUUUAUUUCACGUUUGAAAGACUUGAGCACACUUUGUUAUGUGGGACUUGAAAAAUCAGCAUUUGGAUGUGAUGAUGGAGUUUUGGAAAAGCUAGAUGCAGUUUCGGAAAUGCUAGCAAUUUAUCAUAGACAAUUUACCAGUUACAAAUAGAUAUCUAUGUUCAGU